UGUGCCAUCUGUUUAACCUUUUAUGCCUAGUUGAUUUUUCACUGUGACUCAUUCGGUGGUAUUUAUGUGAUUCUCCCAGUUGCAUUUUACUUUGGUGACUAUGCCUCCUACCUUCCUGACUUACAGUAUCCUGAAUCUCCUUGUCAAGUAGCAGGACAAAGAGAAACAUCGAUUACUAGGCUACCUGGGAACAGUGGUGGAAUUGAUGGACUUGUUCAGCUCUAUCAAAGAGAGAGCCCUAAAACUACUAUUUCUGCUGGUUGUAGAUGAAGGUUAAUUUCUGUUUCAUUGUGGGAGUAUGAAUUGAGAAGUCAAAAAAAUACUCAAAGUAUAACUGCAAUUUUUGUCGGGUUGAAGAAACAUGGAUUCUUACAGCAUCAUUGGCAUUGUUUUUACCAGCUUUCUCAUGUUUCAACUUCUUUUCCAUUUUGUGAGCUCUUGGUUUUCAGCACAAGUAACCUCAGGUUUUAACAAACUAAGCACCCAAAAGAAGAUUGAAUGGAACUCAAGGAUAGUAUCCACAUUCCAUUCCUUGCUGGUUGGUUCUUUAUGCCUAUAUAUUUUAUUUUUUGAUGAGGCUACUAUAGCGGAUCCCCUUUGGGGUGAACCUUCAUUUGUUCAAGUGAAUCUUGCCAUUGCUUCAGGCUACCUCCUCUAUGAUAUGUUUAUUAUCAUUUUGUACUGGAAGAUGAUUGGUGAUAAGUUUUUUAUCAUUCACCAUUCAGCAGCUUUAUAUGCAUACUACUUUGUACUGACAAAGGGAAUGCUGGCAUAUUUUGGUAAUUUUCGUCUGAUUGCAGAGUUUUCGAAUCCUUUUGUGAAUCAACGGUGGUUCCUCGAAGUGCUAGGCUAUCCCAAGUCUUCAAAAGCUAACAUCAUCAAUGGCAUACUAAUGACAGUCGUAUUCUUCAUUGUAAGGAUUGCAGUCAUACCUCCCUUCUAUAGUCAUAUUUAUGCUGUAUUUGGAACAGACGGUUUCAACAGACUAGGACUUGCUGCCCAAAGUGCCUGGAUUGGUUGCAGUGGAGUUUUAGAUGUAAUGAAUGUGAUGUGGAUGAUCAAAAUUUCAAAGGGAUGCCUCAGAGUCAUCUCUCUCAUAAAAAAGGAGAAAACCAACAAAAGUCAUCAAAAUGGAAAACUUGACUAAAAACGGCAUAUUGAAAAACAAGCUACUUCAUUACAACUAACGUUUGUGCUGAUAUGUGCUGAUAGGACAUUUCUUGGCAUGGUCUGUGCUUCUUUAUUAAUAUCUGCUAUUCAAGAUUUCCAUGACAACAUCUGUUUUUAACUUUAGAAAAGAAAAACUAAGAGUAGCUUUUAUUCCAAGCCACCUUUUCAGCUUUCCAGCUGCCUUAUAAGCAUGAAUACAACUUUAGGAGUUUAAAGAACAAUUUACAAAUACAGUGGAGAUUCUUCAGAAAUGUAUUACCUGCACUAGCAUUUUUCACCAUGAAAAGGUGGCUGUGUUCAUGUGUGUGGUGCACUUCGUUUUAUCUGGUUAAUUCUAUUUUCAGAAUUUAAAUGACCUUUAACUCUUUUCUACCAAUGUUUUCUUGGCAACCAACACUUGUAUGGGGCUUGGCUUCUAAAUGGUUGAUGUUAACCAAGGGGCUUUGGGACAUGAAUGGUGACUCUGGUAUAGCUUAUCCAUUUAAAUAUUAGGAUGAAGUACUUUUGCUUCAUUAUAUAUAUAUCUUAUUAGCUCAGUCAUGGAAAAUAAUUCUUUCAUUGUGAGAUUUUUUUUAGGUAUAUAUGGAUUUUGUAUAUAUGCUCUUUUUAUAUUUUUCCUUGUUUAUCAUGUCUGAAUACAUAAAAUUUUGGUUAUUUGGUAACCAAAUUUGGGGGUUGGCUGAUAAAAUCCCUUAAUUUCAGAGAUAUUUAAACAACUUGGAAUUUCUUAAUUCCCAGUUUAAUGCCUAGGUUCAAAUUCUGUCCUUUUUGAUGGAAGAAAUUCCAUGUUAUUAGAAAACAUUUACCCCCCUUUUCUUAAUAAUUGACUUCAAGAGAACCAUUUUACAUAGUUUUCUCUAGAACUGAGCACACCCUUCCUUGAUAUGUCUUGAUAAAAGAAGAGAUUUGAAGAAAAACCCCAAUCAAUAUUUAA